GCACUGCCUUGCUUGCUGCCGCUGCUCAGGCUCACAACUUGGAAGUUCAAGGAGUCAACCAACUAGCAGCCUGUUGCAAUGAAAAUGCAUGGCAUAGACCGAGACCGACAUGUUAUACAUCUUCAUUGUCUGUGGAUUGUGGGCUUUGUGUGCUGUGUUGCCUCCUCCUCCCUGCCCUCUGGCCCUCUCUCCAUCUCUUCCCCUGUUGGAAGCCAAGCCGUCCUUCCUUGCAAAUGGGAGUCCCAGCGAGACAACGUCCCAGUUUGCCACGUCCUAUGGCAGACACCCGAUGCGCCCGUGUUUGAGCAAAAUGGGGAGCAACGGUGGCAGGCCAGCGAGUUUGAGGGAUGGCUGGAGGUACCUGGGGAAAGGCUUUGGGAGGGCGACUGCUCUCUGAUCUUGCGCGAUGUGCAGUUUGGGGAUGUGGGGCUUUACAAGAGCUUCAUGGUGGUCGACAGGAGGAGGAAAAGGCGGGUGUUCAUCCAGAGUGUUCACCUCUCAGUCUAUGACCAUAAGUCCAAGCUGUCAAUGGGCAUGGGUGAAGACCUGGUCCUGACACUCCACACUCCCCAGGCCAUGAAAGUGGUCUUCCAAGGGAGGAACAGCACAGAGUGGAAGGUCCUGUGGAUGAGGGGUGACGGGAAGGUCAACGGGGGUCGUCUUGAGGAGGCUGAAGGGGUGGUGGUCCUCCGAGGGUUAAGGAUGGACAACUCUGGGACUUAUAAAGUGUUGGAUUCCCAUGGGCUUUCCGUGAGCACUGUGAAACUCACAGUGGAAGAAGUUGCUAAAACUCAAAAGAUUAUCCACACCCAGGACAAACCUGUAGGUAAAUCGACUGUUUACAGGUCCUCCUCUCUGCUCAUCGUUUUUGUCCUGCUGAUCAGUCCUCUGAUUCAACAUCUCCUCUAACAAGGUUUAAACCUUUUUGGGCUAGUUUCCCAGAACCAAAUAAACAACCCCCUAUACUAAAAAGCACUUUCAUCCAUUGAAAGUGAUUUUUGGUCUAUAGGCAUAGAGGGAAGACAUACUGGGCCUGUGGUUGCCUGAAAGCAGCAUGUGGCCAUCUUGGUAUGUUGUUAGGGACCACCUGCUGUGUGGUUGUGUGCGGUGGUCAUCUUCCCCAAUUCAACAUGUACAGUCUGUGACACCCUUGGGCCAUGUAAGCCAAUCAGAGUGGCGUAGUGCUUCCCCCUCGCCAAAGUGAAAUAUAACAAAGGCUAAUAAAAUGUUGGUUGUAGUCUGGGCAGUGGGUUCCAGUGCACCUUUUACCUCAAAUUAAAUAUGGUUGAGCCAGUUUCCUGGACGCAGUGUAAUUAUAGUCCUUGACUAAAAAGCAUGCCCAAAGGAGAAUCUCUUUGGAAAGUGGUUGUUUGACUAUGUUUCAUCUGGGUCCGUAAACCUGGCCAAUUGUGUUCAGGGUGAUGCCCUCUUUCUCUGCUACUGUCACAUUGAGUUCUCACUGUAUAGCCUACUAUUGUAUUCUACAGAGUUUGGGUCAAUCCAAUUCAGUAACAAUUAAAAGUUGCAAUGAUCUCAUUCUCUUUAAAUCCUCCUAAAACUUUGUUUCUUCACUCCACAUCAUUAAAGCUGGAAUCCUUAGUUGCUAAAUGAAUGAUACACCCAUUAAUUCUUGAAGAAUAUAACGCCUAUGUAUAUAUCAGAA